GAAACCAGACCCACAAAAAAAAGCUCAAAAUCUGUUUCUCUCUCAGAAAUCUAUACAUACAAAGCACCUACAUACAGACAAGACCCCGACCCCACCCCCCAUCUCUCCUCUCCCCAUUUCCCCCAAGACACCUCGUGUGCGUGAUUGAAAGACAGACAGAGAGAGAGAGGGAGACAAAAAUUUUCGAGAGAGAGAGAGAGACCCACUAAUGGCGGCACAAGCCCAUGAGGGCGAGCAACCAACCAACACGGCCGAACUCUCCGACAACCAACAACAAACCCACGAAAAACUCCUGACUUCCUACCUGGGUCUAACCUUCGCUGUCUACCUCGGCCUCACCCGAAGCUCCUCUCUCUCGUCCCUCCAAUCCCGCAACAGGGACCUCUGCCUGAAGCUGAUCGAGGCCGAGGAGCAGCUCCGCCAGCUGCGCUCGCGCCGCAAGGAGGACUCCAAGGCCAACGCGCGCGUGGUCGAGAUCUUCGCCAGCCAGCGCCACGCGUGGCGGCGGGAGGAGGAGCGGCUGCUGCGCGGGAUUGACGCCGCGGCGGAGGAGAUCGCCCGGCUCCGGGAGCGGGCGGGGGAGCUGGAGAGCUCCGACGCCGAGCUGAGGAGGGAGGUGGAGGAGCUGAGGAGAGAGGUCGGGGAGAGGGAGGAGAUGCUGAAUUUCGUCACGAGGCAGCCGGAGUUCGAAGAGGGAGGGCGGUGGUGUUCGGAGGCGGCAGUGGAGGCGGUGGGUGCGGGGUUUGGGGAGUUUAGGGUUUCGGAGGGGGUGGGAGGUGAGGUGGGAGAGGAGGGAUUUUUGGAGAGAGAGGGGUAUGGUGGUGUGGAGGAAAUGGGGGCUGCUGUGUAUGGAGAUAAUGAUGGGUUUAGUUCUGAGUUGAGGAAUUCUGCUUCCAAGUUUUGGGCUGAAAGAGCGAGUGUUUGGCAGGAUGUACAGUAUGAAUCCCUUGAAUCAUUGUGUCAUCUGAAGCAUUUUGCUUCGAGAAGGGAGUCCCCUUGGAAGUUGGAAGGUGAAGCCUCAGGUGUAUCCUCUAAACUGAAGUUACUUGAGCAGGAACUGCUGAAUUUGGAAAGAAUUGGGAAAAGUGAUCUAUCCAAGGUACCGUCAAAAAUGCGGAAGCAAACAAGGAGAUAUCAAACUCUUGCGGGGAAGAUCGAUAACUUAUGUAGAAGAAUGCAGGCAAGUGAUCCCACUUUGAGCUCAGAGUUGCGAGCACAAAGGCAAACCGAGUUUUUGAUUGAAGCAUUACGUCUCCAGCAGCGUGCAUCUGAAACUGGACAGAAGCUAAUGGCAUUACAAACUGAGACAGGAAAGGGGUAUUUUGGGGAUGAUAUGGAAAGUCAAGCCAAACUGACGACGAGGCGGUGCUUGGACUCCAUUAAAAACAACUUCAAAGAAAUCCAGAGGAAUCUGGAGAUUUGGUUGGCAAGAAUUGUUGGAGAUGUUGAAGGGAUUCUAGCCAGAGAUGGCGCUUCUCGUGUAAAGGAGUAUUAUGUAUCCAGGUCUGGCACAAACCCAUUUAAGUGGUGAUAAGAAGUCCCACAGAAGCGGAAUGAUUUCAUUGUUCAAAGAGAAACCAAGGAGGAAAGAAGAUUAAUUUGAGAUAAGGGUAUCAAAGAGGAUUGGAAACACUCAUUUUAAAGAAGUUAGUAAGCACCAGUAGUAAUGAUAUGAACUUGUGAUACAGAUAAAGGUGGAACCCUUGUGUAAAGCUGUACGUUAUUUUUUAUAAUUAAUAUUCUAGGGAAGGAGAAAUGCUAUGGGUUGAGGUUUCUUUA